UGCAUCCCAGCUGGUUGGAACAGUGGGAUCCGAGGCACAGAGGGACAAGGAGGAGGGCGGCUGCUUUCUUCUAAUUAUUAGAGGUGAAAGGUGAAUGAAAGCUUGCUGUAAGGCAAGUCAAAGUAAAAAAACUGGCAUUAACUAACUGACAAAUAUACAAAAAGAACAGGAGGAGCUUUGGAUUUUUUUUUAUAGAAGCAUCAGAAGAAACUGAAACAAGAAACAAGGGCUGUUCUACAGUAUUUGGAAAGAAAUCCUCACACUUUCUGGAAGCAAAAAACAGCAAUUCAAUCAGGUUGAAAAGCUGGAGUAGUAUUUCCAAAGAUUUUUUUUGUGUGUGUGCUUUGUUUUUAAGUGAUGAAAAAAAGAAAGUCACCUCAGCAUUACACAAAUUAUUAAUAUUUUAAAAUAAUACGACUUUUGUUUUUUUUACCAUUUUAAGUUAAAGAGCUCACAUUGAGCUUUACAUGCUAGGCGGAGCUCUGUUACAAAAUAAAUCCGUUAAAAAUUAAAAGGGACAUCAUUUGGUACAAGUUGCAGCCACAGCAUGACUGUAGCUGAGAAGAGGUUCAUUCUGGUGCUGGUGCAUCUUUGGAUCCUGUCGAGUGCAGCACUGGCAACAAGAAACAGCCAUCCAAGAUUAAAACUGUCUCACAAAGAACUCUGGAACUUGAACAGAACAUCGUUCUUUUAUGGGUCACGGGGCUCUCUGGAACUCAGAACUAUGCUGUUGGAUGAGUAUCAGGAGCGCCUGUUCAUAGGAGGACGAAAUCACCUAUAUUCUCUGAACCUGGACCGACUUAAUGAGGAGUACAGAGAGAUACCCUGGUCCAGCACACAAAUGCAGGUUGAGGAAUGUCAAAUGAAAGGCAAAGACAAGUUUGAAUGUGCAAAUUUCAUCAAGAUCCUCCACCCUUACAACAGAACACAUCUGUUGGCAUGUGGGACAGGGGCAUUUGAUCCUGUCUGUGCCUUCAUACAUAUGGGACACCGGAGAGAGGACAGAUUGUUUAAUCUUGAGACCAACCACAUUGAAAGUGGAAGAGGCCGCUGCCCCUUUGAUCCAAAUAGCCCGUGCAUUUCAACAUUGUCAAGGGGGGAACUAUUUGUUGGACUUUACACUGAUUAUUGGGGAAAUGAUGCUACUGUCUUUCGAAUGAGCAACCAUUCUUAUACAAGAACAGAGACUGAUGACAAACAGCAGCUGAAUGAUCCAAAAUUUGUUGGCUCUUUUGCAAUUCCUGACAACGAUGACCAUGAUGAUGAUAAAGUUUAUUUCUUCUUCACUGAAAAAGCUAUUGAAAAAGAAAGCGGUAUUAAUGCUGUUUACACUCGGGUGGCAAGAGUCUGUGCGAAUGACCUAGGAGGUCAGAGGAUGUUGGUGAAUAAAUGGACUUCCUUCCUAAAAUCACGACUGGUCUGUUCUGUGCCUGGGACCAAUGGGAUUGAUACAUAUUUUGAUGAGCUUGAGGAUGUGUUCCUGCUGAAGAAGAAGGAUGAAAAGAAUCCUGAGAUUUUUGCUUUAUUCAGCACAACAAGCAAUGUUUUUAAAGGAUACGCUGUGUGUGUCUACCACAUGAACGAUAUCCGUGCUGCUUUCAAUGGGCCAUACGCACACAAAGAACAACCAGAGUAUCACUGGACAUUCUUUGAAGGGAAAGUUCCUUUUCCAAGGCCUGGAUCAUGUGCCAGUAAGAUGAAUGGGGGUAUGUUCUCUAGCUCCAAAGAUUAUCCAGACGAUGUGCUGCGCUUUGUGCGUGCUCACCCUAUAAUGUACCAGUCUAUCCAUCCUGUACACAAAAGACCAAUUCUCCUUAAGACAGAUGGGGAGCAAAACUUCAAACAAAUAGCUGUGGACAGAGUUGAAGCAGAAGAUGGACACUAUAAUGUUAUUUUUAUAGGAACAGAUAAAGGAAUUGUCUUAAAAUUGAUAACAAUAUAUAACAAGGAAAGAGACAGCAUGGAAGAAGUUCUUCUUGAACAGCUAAGUGUUUUCAAGGUUCCAGUAUCAAUCACAGAAAUGGAGAUCUCUGCCAAAAGGCAACAGCUUUACAUUGGCUCUGAGUCUGGAAUAGCUCAAGUGAAGGUUCAUCAGUGUGACCUGUAUGGAUCUGCAUGUGCUGACUGCUGCCUAGCCAGAGACCCUUACUGUGCCUGGGAUGGUAUGUCCUGUUCCAGGUAUUAUCCAGCUGGGCAGUUUACUAAAAGGCGUUUCCGUAGACAAGAUGUCCGUCAUGGAAAUGCUGUUCAACAGUGCAGUGGACAACAGAGGAAUGGAGAUGAGUUGGAGAAGUCUGAGGUGAAACUGGUUUAUGGAGUUGAACAUAACAGUACGCUGCUUGAAUGUACUCCAAGAUCUCUUCAGGCCAAAGUCCUAUGGUUUAUACAAAGGGGGUCUGACAUAAGGAAGGAAGAAGUUAAAACAGAUGACAGAAUCAUAAAAACAGAACAUGGUCUCUUGGUUCUUGAAUUGCAUAAAACGGAUGCAGGAACCUAUCUUUGUCAGACUGUGGAGCAUGGUUUUGUGCAAACUGUAACAAGAAUUACCUUGGAGAUCCUUGAAGAGGAUCGUAUUGAGGAUCUGUUCCACAGAGAGGAGGAAGACGAGAGUCAUCUAAAAGCCCCGUGUCCAGUACCACCUGUCAUUGCUCCAGGCUCCACCAAACUCUGGUACAAAGAAUUCCUCCAGCUGAUUGGAUACAGCAAUUUUCAUAAAGUGGAGGAAUACUGCGAGAAGGUUUGGUGCACUGACAAAAAGCACAAAAAACUUAAGGCACUGCAGUCUAAAUGGAAAUAUACUCAUCCACAAGACAGGCGACCAAAAGCAAGAGCAGAACACCGUCGAACGCCUAGACAUGCAUUGGAUACAUGAAAAAAUGUAAUAAGACUGAAGGGAUUUGCCUUGAGGACAAUAUUUUUGAGUUACUAUGGACAGAAAAAUACCUUUUAUUCGAUGGACAUUUUAUAUUUAAUGUAUUCAAUAAGAAGAUAGCUGAGUGUACACACUACAUCAAAGUUAAAAAGUUGUAUAUGAUCUAAAAAUAUCCUGUAAAUUCUUAUCUAAUAGAAGACUAGGUACUGUACUUUGGGAGCAUUAGUACUUAUAUUGCUUAGACUGGAAGCAUUGUUCUGUGUUAAUGUUAAUAACUAUAUCAUGUCAUAAAUUAUUUUAAUAGAAAAAAAGUGAUAAACCCAUAGAGGUGAAUGAAGCAGAAACUUAACAUUCACAAAAGUAACUCAGCAACACUCAACACUCAAAUGUAUAUCAGAAGUAAAAUUCUUUAUUUAAUGUGCUCCUGAAAUGUUACUAGUACCCUAAUGAAGGUAAUGGCCAAAAUGAGGCAGUAAAGAGAUUACAUACUUUUGCUUUUGAUAUGCUGUCGAGUGUCACAGAGUUUCUUUGAUAAAUAUUUAAUUAAACAUCUUCUUAGCUCAUUAUGAUUAAAAUGGCAUGUCUUCACAUUGCUUUGUACCCAUUGAAAUGCAAGGAAACUGUAUUGAUAUGAUGAACCUCAUUUCAGUACAAUCCUACAUAUAAGAGACUGGAUAAAUAAAUAUAUAAAUUCAGAUAUGCUGGUUUACUUAUAGUUUUUUAUGUGUUGAAACUAAUUUAUUUACUUAAAGCAUUCUUCUAAAAGGAAAAAUUCUAAAUGGAAAAAGAAGUAUUGAAAUGUAAACUCAAUAACAUUUUUAAAUUCUGGCUUUAGUCAUAGUUUGACUCAUAGGUAAUACAUUUUAUAUGUCCAGGUGAAUGUAUAAAUGUAAAAUGCUCUUGAUUUAGAGACAUACUUGGUACCUUCCCCAUAACUAAACAUAUUUUUAAAAAGUUGUUGACUUUUGUUGACUUUGAACAAACAAAAGUGAACACUAUCUUCAAAGUGGAGGUUUGCAGAUGUGGCAUUAAUACCUAUCAAAUAUGUAUAUAUUAUUUGUAGAAAAUCUGGUGUGCAUAAACAUUAAUGAGGGUUUUAUUGUUUUGACAAAUGUGGAUGUCAUAUUUUUUUCUGCUUUUCUUCAACGUAUUAAUUAUGACAUUCAUCCAGAUAAAACAAGAAGAACAUAAGAAUGAGCAGAAGACUGUUCACAAAUGAGAAGAGACCUCUCAGAUUCUCAAGCUCAUUUGGUUGCAAGAAGGUGUUUAAUUUGGUCAAAUAAAUGUACCUCAGCAGAAUAAAUAAUGUUGAAGCCCACACUUUGAUGUACUUCAACAGAUGGAGAAUAUUCUAGGCUACUAGCACUAGAAUAUUCUAGCACAUAUUCUAGAAUAUUCUAGCACUAGCACAAAUAAAUUAUCAAUCUAUUAGUGAUACCAAACAAAUCAGGUGAUCCAAAUGGCUUCCAGUUGUUAUAAAGAAGUUGAAGUACGUAGCUGCAUCCCGAUGCGUAGGCUGCAAAGGGACACGUAAAGGGUUAUUCGAUGCUGAAAGUAAAAGAAAGGAGACAACAUUUCGGCUGUGGAAAUCUAUCACACCUGAAGAAGCCAAAACAUUGUGUCUUUUUCCUUUUCCUUUCAGCAUGGAAUAAACCAUUAUCUGGAAUAUCCUGUGGGACUGUGGGUCUUGAAUAUCUAAUAUCAGUUCUAGGUACUAAGUUUACCUCAUCCAUUUUUGUUAAAAGUAAACUUGAAGGAAAACAAAAGGUAAUUUGCCCAUCUGUAUUCGUACUGUGUGAUAGUAAGCCUUGAAUUCAUGAGUUACAGAUUGGGGAAAAAUGUAAAAAGGUACAGUCAUAUGCUUUCAGAGAAAGAGUGGUACACUUCAUUAUCCAUUCUCAUUUUGUAUCAUCAUUCUAACAUUUUAAUGCAUUCUGUAACACACAGUGAUGUAUCUGCCUCACCAGUCUCUACUGUAUGUAUAAGAUAACGUAUUGGUGCCAUGACUGUAAGACUAGUACUUAUCUUACUGUAUGUAAGCAUGCUGUAUUUUGAAUAAUUGCUGGAACAAAAAAUGUUAACAUGAUUUCCAUGAUAUUGGGGAUUCUAAUACCUGCAACAACCUUAAAAUGUGAUUUAAGCCAGUGCUUUGCAGUCUAUGUAUGUAUAGUAUAACAAAUUUCAGUUAAAAAAUAAAUUUUAUCUUUCAUGGAUUUCGUAAUCUACGCAGGAGCUGUGAGUAAUCUAAAAAUAAGCUUGAGUUUCAGAGCAUGGUCAGGUCGCUGGACUUAUACUGUAAGUGGGGGGAAAUUGGUUUAACGCACUGUUUUAGAAUCUUAGUAGGUUAAGUAAUAUACUUAGAUUGCUUGAGCAAAAUGCCCUCCUGUAUGAAAGGGUAUUAUCCAUUGUCAUUGUAAAUAAAAAUGUUCACAAUUGACUUAUUUGGUUAAAUAA